UGGGCAGGCUGGAUUCAGGUACUGAUACAGACACUGGGCACAUUGUAUUCGGACCGCAUUUUAAAGGAGACAGAACGCAGAUGAAGCCAUGGCAAUGCAGAAACAUCUGAGUGUUCGCAAUUGCCAUUCGCGCUCCAUUACAGCGCUGGGAUUCAACUCUGCGAGACGAGAGUUUCUCACGGGCUUUGAAGAUGGAGUAAUAAAAUGGUGGGACCUGGAAAGUGGGCGUCAGUCUCAAUCAGCAGCUGAACACUCUGGAAUGGUCACUAAUAUCUUGUACUGGGCAGAGAAGAGGCUGGUAUUCUCUUCAUCCAAUGAUGGCACUCUGAUCGCUUGGACUUCAGGGUCUGUUGUGUUUGACAAGGUUAAGUUGGGAAGUCCCAUCUUCAGCCUUGCUAUAAAUUUGAGGCGACAACUCUUGGUAUGCGGUUUCAGCAAGUGUCUCUCUGUCUACCCACUGGAUGAGAACAAAACAUCUGGGCAUGCGAUCAACUUGAAGAAGAGGUUCUUAGACCACAGUCAUACCGACAUUGUGUCAUGCAUUGUGUGCUUAGACAGUCAGAUCUACACUGUUGGAUAUGACAGAAAGUUUAUUAUUUUCGAUACCUACCAGACUCCUGAAAAGAUUUGCAUCACACCUGUCCACUGUGUCUCACGGGCCCAUGAUGCUGGCAUCCUGCAUCUUCUGCUUGUCCGGGAGCGUGAGAAUACCAGGUUUCUGACGGGCUCCUUUGAUGGCACUGUUGGUGUGUGGUCUCAGGAUGGGCAGCUAAUCCACAGAUUGCGUCAUUUCACAGGUGUGAUAACUGGGAUAUGCUAUGCUGUGUCGGUCAAAACUGUGUGGAUCACAAGCGGUACCAGUCAUCCUCUACUUUUAGACCCACGAUCUGGAGAUAUAAUUACAGAAUUUGUGGAUACCUUCCAAAACCAGGACAACAGCCCUCAUAUAAAGCAACUGAUAUAUCUUCCUGAGUCAAGUCAUGUGAUUGGAUCCAGUCGGCAUAAUCAGGUAACUGUGUGGAAGUACAACAAUAUGGGCUGUGUCAACGUCCUUAACACUAAACAUCCACUGGAAUGUCUCUCUUAUACUGGAAAGAAUGUGAUCUUACUUUUCACUGGUGACAAUAGUGGGAUAUUUGAAAAGUGGAAAAGGAAAGAUCUGUCUCCUUCGACGUACAGUAAAGAAUCAUACAAUAUGGAGGACACACGGCCAGAGAGAAAAGGACUGCGCUGCCUGCAGAAGGACCCUUCAAGGGACCUAAGCAGGAGACCCCAGUCAAGGCUUCAACGAGCAGCAACUGCUGGGAUGAUGAGAAAAGGCAUUCUGUUCAACCAAAAUCGGACAGGCAGUGCCCAGAAAAAGUGUUGUGGUUACACAAGAUCGCUCUUCGCGGAUGAAAUGGACACCUUGGUUAUGGGCGCAGAGAACGGGGACAUCUACCUAUGGGAGUUUGAUGAGUCUGUGGCAGCUUCAGUACCUGAUGAACCUGAAGUUUCAGAUGAAGAUCAGCUGCUCAAGGAAUAUGGGUUUUUGUUUGCUCAGGACACAAAAGCAGAGAAUAUGGAAGAAUCUCCUUCGAAAAGUGAAGUAUUAAACAAGCGGCUAAUAGGUAUGACCUGCAAGAAGGUUUUAGCUGGUCAUUAUAAAGCUGUGACAGCGUUGGCUGUGGUUGGAAAGGAGAGUGGCUAUAAUACAGUAUAUUUGCUGAGUGGCGGAUGGGACUCCAGACUUUGUGUCUGGGAUCUGAACACAUGCUCCCUCAUAGAGACAUUUUCCAGGACUGGUCAAGAUCAGUGGAGUGAACACAAAGAAAAGGCGUGUGAUGGGACCAUAAUGGAUAUUUGCUAUUCUCCGAAGAGGAAAGAAUUUGCCUAUUCUUCCAGUGAUGGGAAAGUUUACAUCCGCAGCUUCUCCACAGUCAGUUCUAGGAUGACACUUGUAAACAUUCUAGUGGGCCACGAUGCAGAGGUUACAUCAGUUGUUUGGCACCAUUCAUUAGACAAAUGGAUCAGUGGUUCUGAAGAUGGAACCAUCAGAAUAUGGUGUGGGGAUAGUGCUCAGGUCGAGAAGAUUUUGGUCACUAAAGGAGCCGUCACCUGCUUUUGCAUUGAUCAGGUGAAUGGAAGCAUUGUUGCAGGAGUGCAAGACACAAUUAGGGUGUAUGAUCCAGAAUCUCUGCUUCAGGUUCAAUGUAACGUGGGGCACAACGACCUGAUACGCUCCAUUGUCCACAUCCCAGAGAUGGCACAGUAUGUUUCCGUUUCAUGGGAUACAACAGUGAGAAUAUGGAAAGCCUAUCAGAAAGGGAAGUUCCUGCAAAACCCAGGAGUUUAAACAAUGGAUCCCAAAGUAUCUUAAAGGGACACUCUGGUCCCUUAAAGCACUUUAGCUUGCUGAAAU